CGCUACCUACACUUAGAUUAGAUGCAAAAUCCACCUCAAACGGAACCAAUCCAUCAUGUUCAGUGGUUCUAUUUAUCCAAUUUUGACCUCUACGAUGAAACAUCAUGCAUGGAGGCGCCUGAGCCGCAGCGCUGGCGUAGAUUUUUGAAUCAUGACAAUCGCGCGUUGGAAGCAAAGCACCAGGAAAUCAACGAUGCGAAUGUUUCGCAAGAACCUAAUCAAAAAAAUGUAAUUGUGGGAGUAUCAGGUCUACAUGUUGUGAAUUUACCAACACUAACAUUGAAACCCUUGUAUUGGCCUAGUAGCCGUAGAAACGACACUCUUCGUGUUGUCCGCGGGUUUUGGAUGUAUGAGGAUACUGGAUUGCCAGUGAUCGAUGAGUUGGCCGAAAUUUUGGAAGAAGGAUAUCAGCGGAUUAAGCCAUAUAACAUAAAUUGGGACAAGUUAGAAAAUGAUAUAGUAGAUGAAAACCAAGAGAGAUCGAGUAUUUUUUCUUCUGGAAGACGAAAGUCUUCUAAGGACACGAUAAGCCAUUUGCAAUGGGCAUUGAAGCCUCAUUCUUCUGGAAAGUAUGUCUUAUAUGAAGAUGGGUAUCGAGCACUCUUAUGCCAGGGAGGAUUGCUUUCUUAUUUCUCGAAAGGAACGCAGUCUCAGCGCACUGGUCUGAAAGGAAUUCCGGUAAUUCGAGACUUCCCCGUGAAAGAAGACGAUGGCUUCCGCGGUUUAAAGCAGGUAACUGAUCUCUUUUUGGUUGUCCAUGGAAUUGGUCAGAAGAGAUCUGAAACUGAGGAACGCUAUCAAUUUACUAAAACGUGUAAUGUGUUUCGAUCGUUAAUUCAAAAGCAAAAACUAAUUAUGAAACAAAAUCCUUUGUUACGAGAUGAUUAUGAACCUCAAUUGCUGCCCAUCUGCUGGAGGAACAAGAUUAAUUUUGACUCGUUCUUCCAGGUUACUGAGGACGACGAAGAAAGCGACGAUGUUGAUGGUAACCGAUUCCACAUUGAAGAUAUUGAAAUUGAUAGCAUUCCAACUGUUCGUCGACUUUUUGGGGAUGUGAUGAGUGAUAUCCCUUACUAUAUGUCUCACCAUAAAGAUUCCAUCAUUCGCUCUGUCAUUCGAGAAGCGAAUCGAGUCUACGAUUUAUGGAUAGAUUGUAAUCCUUAUUUUAAAGAAAAUAAAGGAAGGAUCUUUAUUAUUGGGCAUUCUUUAGGUGCUACCGUUGUUUUUGAUAUUUUAUCACUUCAACCUACGUUCGUAAAGGAGCUUGGCCCCGAAAUAGAAGACGAUAAAUAUUUUAAGUUUGACACAAAUGGAUUUUUCUGUUUUGGUGGGCCUAUAGGAUUUUUCCUUUUACUCAAUCAAAAAAGUAUGAUUCCCAGGAGAGGACGCGGGUCUAGCCAUUUUGCUGAUAAUGCAAACUAUAUUAACAAAAAUGUUUCGGAUUCUUACGCAUAUUCCGGAAACGACCGCUACGGGUGUUUGGCAGUGGAUUCCUUUUACAACAUUUACAACUUUCUCGAUCCUAUCGCCAUGCGUUUAAAUCCUACAGUCGACGUGAAUUAUUCGAAAGGUAUCCAUCCCUCUAAACUCGUUUUUCUUCGAAAACCUUCCAGUAUCUUAAGAGUCGUUUCUCGGCCAAAUGAUGCACCUGUUCGACUAGUUAGUUAUCAACAGGCACUCAAUCAGUCAAACUCUGAAGAUAAUGAAAGCUCUUCUGUAUUGAUGGAUUCAGAACGGGAUAUAGAACUCGAAACGCGAAAUUUCAAGCAAGAAAAACGAGCAAAAUGGAGAAUGCAAGAGUUAAAUGAGAAUGCCCAAAUUGACUACGUUUUUACAAGUCAGAAAGGUAUCAUUUCGAACAAAUAUUUAACGAUGUUAUCCGCGCAUACCAGUUACUGGAAUAAUGAAGACUUGGUCUGUUUCUUAGUUGUCGAAACAGCCAGGAAAUUUGGAAUCGCUAAUUCCAUUGAACAAUUUCGAGGAAAGCGUGUAUCUCACGAUAAUGCUUCUACAUUGUAACACCGAUGACACUUAUAAUGGCUGAUGAUGUUUUCAAAUUUACAUCUUGCUUUUCUUCUAGCGAUGGGAGAUCUAAGAAUGAGGCAUUACUUACUAUUGAAUUGUUUAACGAGUUAUAAGUUUUCAAUCACUCAGGAUAUAUUUUUGAUGAUGUUUUUUCAAGCUACAUUUAUCCCUAUGUCACCCUCAAAUCAAGGAUGAGACUUUUCUAAAUUUGAAAAAUGUUUGCUAAAGUGCACAGAUAUUUAUUACCUAAAUUGUAUACGACUAGAUUUAAUUUAUGAGAUAAUUAAUUUGACAAUCAACCAUAUGAAAAUUGGACUGUG